AUGUAUAGACCGACGACAAAAUUUGAAUGGUGGCUGUGUGGUGCAUUGCUCACGCAAUGUGUGUUUACCGUCGCGCUUGAAAUCUACAUACUCGUUGAAUGGCAAUCAUGGGUCACUCCCACCAUCACUCAAGUGACAGUCUCCUAUAUGAUUCCCAUCAAUCUUGGCAUCCUGGUAUUCGCCUCUGUCUACGAAUUCAUUCUUGCCUUGGAUGCAAUUCAUCACAAGAAUAAUAUCCUUUUAUUUGCGAUAUGCAUCUGCAAUGCCUGUGGCUUUGUAUACUCGGUCAUGCAAUAUCAAUUGAUGCAAGAAAAUACCGCAAGACUAUAUAGGGAUCGCUAUUUGUUUCCGACUUUGGUUGAUACAACCCGGAACGUCUGGCCCCGAAUCCAACCGGCAGAGAUUCUGGUCGCAAUCUUUACAGGAUUGUGCACUGUGGUUUUGUGCCCAUGUGUAUACAUCUUGCAUAAAGAUUAUUCAUGGGCAAUCUACAAGUCUGUUCAUGGCAGCUUGAAAACUCGAAUGCGUUAUCUGGUCUACGAGGUAUUUUUGGUGCUGAUAAAGCUCCUAUUCUACUUCAUGAUCGGUUUCAUUGUCCAGUACAAUCUGGUCUAUGUUCACUUUGUCGAGCCGGAGUAUACUCUAACGAUGCUUCUCAUCCCAGCCACAUUUGUCACUGUGGUACUUGGAAUUUGGUUUGUACAAAAAGAGAAAACCAUUGGCGUGAUUGCCGUCAUUGUAUGCUAUCUCGGUUUACUCGCAUAUCUCAUCAGCCGAAUCAUCUUUCUUCAUGGAGCCAACACCGCUGGAAAGGACAUGAUGUUUUUCUUUGCUUCGGUGUCUGUGGUAUUGACUGUUGGGACAAUUAUCUGCGCCGUUAUUUGCAUCACAAACUUCGACCGUGGCUUUAAAGCAAUAAAUGAGUCCAAGCACUGA